UUCUGUUAAAAAAUACUUCACCGAUGGCACCAUCAACCCACGCUAUCUGCUGCUGUGCCGUGUGCGUCUCCGCUUUGGAUUAGCUUCGACAAUUUUCCUCCCCGUUUGCUCGUCCCGUUUCAGAUUCCUCUCUCUCUCUCUCUCUCUCUCUCUCUCUAAAGAAACUUGGUAGAAUGCAGAGGCUCCACUCAGUGAGGUAUUUGACGUCAUUAUUGAUCGGAAAGGUGACGCAGCGAGCUUCUUUUUCAUCCUCUCUACUAUUCGAUGACACCCAAAUUCAGUUUAAAGAAAGUGUGGCGCAAUUUGCCCAAGAAAAUAUUGCUCCCCAUGCAUCAAGAAUAGAUCAAACAAAUUAUCUCCCAGAGGGGGUUAAUGUCUGGAAACUAAUGGGGGAUUUUAAUCUCCACGGAAUUACUGCUCCAGAGGAAUAUGGAGGACUUGGGCUCGGUUAUUUAUAUCACUGCAUAGCAAUGGAAGAAAUUAGCCGUGCUUCGGGAUCAGUUGGGCUUUCCUAUGGUGCCCACUCUAACCUAUGCAUUAAUCAGUUGGUGAGGAAUGGAUCCCCUGCUCAGAAGCAGAAAUACUUGCCAAAGCUAAUCAGUGGGGAGCAUGUAGGAGCGCUUGCAAUGAGUGAACCCAAUGCUGGCUCAGAUGUUGUUAGCAUGAAAUGCAAAGCUGAUUGCGUCGACGGAGGUUAUAUUUUAAACGGGAACAAGAUGUGGUGCACCAAUGGCCCAGUUGCUCAGACACUGGUCAUUUAUGCAAAAACAGAUGUUGCAGCUGGCUCUAAGGGAAUCACUGCAUUUAUCAUUGAGAAAGGAAUGCCCGGAUUCAGUACUGCCCAGAAAUUAGACAAACUUGGGAUGCGGGGAAGUGAUACAUGUGAGCUUGUUUUUGAAAAUUGCUUUGUUCCUGAAGAAAAUGUUCUUGGGAAGGAAGGAAAAGGGGUUUAUGUUAUGAUGUCGGGGCUAGAUUUGGAGAGGCUUGUUUUGUCAGCUGGACCCCUUGGACUGAUGCAAGCAUGCCUUGAUGUUGUUCUUCCCUAUGUACGCCAACGGGAACAAUUUGGACGCCCAAUUGGUGAAUUCCAGUUUAUACAGGGAAAGGUUGCUGACAUGUAUACUUCGCUGCAGUCUUCCAGAUCUUACGUGUAUUCUGUUGCGAGAGAUUGUGAUAACGGGAGAGUUAACCCGAAGGACUGUGCUGGAGUUAUACUUUGUGCAGCUGAAAGAGCCACCCAAGUAGCCCUUCAGGCUAUCCAAUGCCUAGGUGGUAAUGGGUACGUCAAUGAGUACCCAACUGGUCGCCUUCUCCGUGAUGCCAAAUUGUACGAGAUUGGGGCUGGAACUAGUGAAAUCAGAAGAUUGAUUAUCGGUCGAGAACUCUUCAAGGAACAAUAAGAGAGAAGCUGUUUGUUAUUUCCUCCUUUUUCCUCCUCCUCCUCAGUAAUAGUCUCAAUUAGAAAUUUUAAUUUGCUUUAAUUGAAAUCAAAUAAAAGAACAAGGCGUUUUCGGUGUCAGUGUCGUAUUGGCUUUACUCAACGGCAUUUUCGUAAAUUUUGUGCUAGAGUCCAAGCACAUGCCGCGUGAGUGCUGAAUUUGUAUUCAAAAUUUUAAUUUUUUUUUUUGGGGAAAAAAUAAAGGAAGUAUGGCAUUUAUUUAUUUUUACAGAGGUUAUUUUGAACAGUUGGUUGGAGUCAUGCACUGUGGAAAAAUGAAGAUCACAAGCAAGAUCGUGUAUACCAUUUGCGGUAGCUAAGUUUGCAAUUUAAUCGCUCCUCAGCCUCUUUUUGCUACGUUAUGAAGUCAUCUACGUGACAUUUUUAUACAUUUUUCGGUUGUCGUAAUGUAAGAAAUUUGUGUUAUACUCCUUCAGUCUCAAUUUGUUUGUCCA